ACUCCAAUAAUUCGUCAUAGUUAACCUUGUUCCAUUUCCGUUCCUUUCUACCAAUUUCUCGAUUUCCCUCUCUAAAACCCUAAACUUCGUAGCUUUCGCUGCAGCACCUGAUAUCCCACAGUUAAUCAAAGGGAAAAUGAGAAGACGUUCGAGCAGAACUAUCUAUGUUGGGAAUCUACCUGGCGAUAUUCGUGAAAAAGAAGUGGAAGAUUUGUUUUACAAGUACGGACACAUAACUCACAUUGACCUUAAGGUUCCACCAAGGCCCCCAGGUUAUGCAUUUGUGGAGUUUGAAGAUGCUCAAGAUGCUGAAGAUGCAAUUCGUGGGCGUGAUGGCUAUGAUUUUGAUGGGCACCGGUUACGGGUGGAGCUUGCACAUGGGGGGCGCGGUCCUUCAUCUUCAAGAGACCGAUAUAGUAGUCGUAGCAAUGGCCGGGCUGGACAUGGGGUAUCUAAGCGUUCUGAAUUUCGUGUUCUAGUCACUGGGUUGCCCUCUUCUGCUUCCUGGCAGGACCUUAAAGAUCACAUGCGAAAGGCGGGGGAUGUUUGCUUCUCCCAAGUUUUUCAUGAUGGAAGAGGUACAACAGGUAUUGUGGAUUUCACAAACUAUGAUGACAUGAAAUAUGCUAUCAAGAAGCUUGAUGACUCAGAGUUCAAGAAUGCAUUUUCUAGGGGUUAUGUUCGUGUAAGGGAAUAUGAUUCGAGAAGGGACUCCUCUAGAAGUCCUAGUCGUGACCGAUCUCAUUCUAGGGGAAGAAGCUAUAGUCGCAGUCGUAGCCAGAGUCACAGUCGGGGCCGGAGCCAAAGUAAAUCUCCAAAGGGUAAAUCUUCGCAGCGUUCACCAGUUAAAUCUCCUUUAAUAUCUCCUCCUCGUUCACAUUCGAGAUCAAAGUCCCGUUCUUUAUCAGGAUAUGGAUACUUGAAGCAAACUUGGAAUUGGAAAUUAGAAACUUGGUGGGAUUUGGUUCAGUUGCCUGGAACUCAAUUUGUUAUAGAGGUAUGGUAUUUUUUAGAUGGGUGGCUUUGGAUACCUUCAAAGUACAUCUGUUCUAAUGCUUUUAGCACGUAAAUGUCCAUGGGUGCUAGAUUGGGAACAAUGGAGAUCACAGAUUGCUAUUUUAGAGCUGCAUGUCUUGUGUGUGCAUAAUGGCAAUUGGGAUUUGGAAAUCACCUCCAGUGAGCAAUAGAGACAAUUUCAGUACAAUUGUUGACUUCAAGAUUUGCCAAGCCAUAGGUUGCACUAUAUGGAUUCUCUGGAUUUUGUGGUGCAUUAGGGAAGAUUUCUUCUCUCCUGUCCACUGGUGUCUUGAUAUAUUACUUAGUGAUCCUCUAUUUUGAUUCACUUCUCAUAACAUAUUAUGUAUAAAAUGUCUACAAAAUCCCCCCCCCCCUCUCUAUCCCUUGGGCAGUUAUAUAUUUUACAAUGUUUGUUUGUUAACGUCCUUUGAUAUGAUAACUGUGCCUUGGGAGAGGCAUCAAAGCUGCUGGAAAUUUGAUAAAGGAAAUUGUAGAUUUUUAAAUUCUUUUUGUGAA